ACUCUAUUCGUUCGUACAGCCGCCAUAGCGUAAUGCGCUUGGAUGAGGAUGCAUGUGUCAUUGUAUUUAUAUCUGUAAGCUGAACUAAGCUAGUUCAUAAAAAUCGAACUAUGAGUUUAACAAAUAAUAUCGAAGUAACGCUGAAGAUUCCAUUUCCCACCAGACGCUUAGCGGAAGCAGCUUACGAUGUGCUACGCGUAGACAGUGAGCCGAAACGAAGCUUCAUUUACAAAGUAAUCAAACUAGAAGAAAACAUAUUACUGCUGAAGCUGACCGGCGAACAAGCGAAAAGCAUACGUGUUUCUGUGUCAUCGUUUUGUGAAUCAUUAAUCCUUUGCUGCGAAACGUUCCACCAAUUCGGUGAACCAGUAUCGGCCAAGUACGACCACUACUAA